UUUGGCAAAGUAAACUUUAUUUGUUAUUAUGACAAGCCAGGCUCGGAAUAGUCUAAAAGGUGGAGAGACCUCUGGUCCUUCUGGUUUGGUCGCCAGGAAACAUGAGAAGGGUCACGUGAAAAUGACGAUGGUGCGGAAAGACGGUAUUAUGAAAGAGCUCAUCGAGAGGGAGGAAAAGUCCAAAAGCGAGUGGGAGGAAAAAUUUGGCUUUUUAAAAAAUACUCAUAAAGACUUUCAAAAAAGAUUGAUUGAGCUAAAAUUAAGAGAACCAUCAAAGGAGGAAACUGCAGAUUUUAACAGCUCAAAAACGCCAACCGGAGAUAAAUUGCCCAAAACAACCUCUGGUCUUGUAGGAUGGAAUGCAGAUGGAGCUUCACUGAUAAAUGCAGUGGCAGGACCUUUGUACAUUUCUCCAAAGCUGACGCUGAGAGCUGAGGGAUCUGUCCGAAGCAAACUGAUGGAAAACCAAAAGCACAUUAUCCUGGGGUGAAAUUUAUGUAUUUUUGUACAAGAAAACAACCGGUUCACGAUGAAAAGCUUUUUAAUUCGCCAUGUAAUUACAUAUGCAAUAGGAGAGAUAAUAAAUUACGGUAAAACAUAAAAAUGCCCCAAAGCUUAGAGAUGUGAUUCUCGGCUCUUGAGGUUUGAUUUGUAUUGGAUAUAAUGCAGAAUUCCUUCGGGAUUACUUUUUUAACUUUGAAUUUUAGACUCGCUCCCUAAACCUGCUUUAUCAGAGGUAAAGUCCUCAUUGUCACAGUAAAAUUUGUGCUCAAAU